CCCCCCCCCCCCUAUGUUACAUUUUGUUACAAUUUUUCAAACCCCCCCUCCCCCCUAAAAUGCGAACGUAAUAAGUGAACGGCCCCUUACACAUACACGACAUACCCAUAUUAAACAGACAAAGUGCAUGAUUAGACUGUCGUUUUGAAAGCAAGUUUUUAAAACUCGCUAAAAAAUUAUAUUUUGGAAUAUUUUGAAGAGAAUAAAGGAAAAAAGUGAUAUUUUUGAGAUAUUUCUGCUUUUGUCUACUACUCUUAUUUAAAAAUAUUACCAUUUAUUAAUUGUAUUAUAAUGAUGAAUUAAAUUAUUACAUUUGUGAGCCAUCGCAAUUCUAAUAAAAGGCGUAGCCGUGUAAAUAAGUGCGACUAUUCAACAAAAAUUCCCUGAUAUUCAAGGUUUCUUUGUAAACAUUUCUUCAUAAUAAUAAUGAUUUAAUGUUUUCAAUGACUUGAUUACGUGAGUCUGAUUAAGUGAAUCUCUAUUAGUGAAUGUUUUAUCUUUAAUAAUGGCUACGAAUAUUCCUGACCCGAAUGAUACACAGUGGCUACUGGAUCUUUUAACUGAAUGUCAAUUAGAAUCAUUUUAUACUCAAAUUAAGGAUGAAUUACAGAUUACAAGACUAGCUCAUUUUGAUUAUGUCCAUUCCGAUGAUUUAGCCAAGAUUGGGUUGUCUAAACCUCGUAUUAGACAGCUCGUGGACCAUGUGAAGAAGAAGAGAGCACAACAAUGGCGUAAGAAUAUAUUGUCAAAGCUUAUAGGAGGCGGAAAGCAAAUAAAUCACCAGACAAGUAGUAAAAAAUCAUCUGCAGAAUCAGCUGAAACUGUGACAAAAAAUACGUCAUCCCAAGCACUUACUUGCCUCAUUCACGAAAAAGAUAUAACAUUAUCAAUAAAAUUAGGAGAUGGAUCAUUUGGUGUAGUCAAACGUGGCGAAUGGAAUAGUUUAAAUGGAAUUAUACCUGUUGCUGUUAAAGUAUUAAAGGCUGAUACAUUAUCGCCGCAUGUUUUUGAGGAAUUUUUUAAGGAAGUUCAAGCAAUGCAUACACUUGAUCAUCCAAAUCUAAUUCGUUUGUUUGGAGUAGUAUUAUCACAACCUAUGAUGAUGGUUACAGAACUGGCUGAAAGUGGCUCCCUUUUAGACUUUCUAAGAAAGCAAUGUAAAUGUAUUUCACUUUCAUUAAUAUGGAAUUUUACAGUCCAAAUUGCUACUGGAAUGGCUUACCUUGAAUCCAAACGAUUUCUACACCGAGACUUGGCAUGUAGAAAUGUUCUCAUUGCCAAAGGAAACAAGAUUAAAAUUGCUGAUUUUGGCUUAAUGCGUGCGCUUCCUCAACAAGAUGAGGUUUAUGUGAUGACUGAGCCCAAAAAAGUUCCAUUUCCAUGGUGUGCGCCAGAGUCAUUAAGAUAUCGUCAAUUUAGUCAUGCUAGUGAUACUUGGAUGUUUGCCGUAACAAUUUGGGAAUGUUAUACAUUUGGAGAAGAUCCUUGGAUAGGGCUUAAUGGCUCUCAAAUCCUGAAGAAAAUUGACAGGGAAGGAGAGAGACUUCAUCAUCCUGAUGCAUGUCCUCCUGAUGUGUAUCAGUUGAUGCUUCAAUGCUGGGACAAAACACCCACUGAACGACCCACAUUUGCAGCCAUUAAAGAAUUUCUUGUUGGACAAGCACCACAGCUUGUGAAAGCAACAAGCACUUAUUGUGUUGAAGGACGUUUGAAAAUUGAGCAAAAUGAUACCAUCGCUAUUAUUGAUGGCAGACCCGAGCUCAAAUUUCUUAAAGGUCAAAAUCAACGCACCUUUGAGAUUGGAACUUUUCCACGCAAUAUACUUGAAGUGCUUCGUUUCAAUCGUCACGGCACAUUAAAUACCAUAAGCAGACCUGUUCAUGGGACAUUACAACACGUGGCACAUGGAUCUACAAUUGGCCAAUGCUGGGGCUCGCCAUCAUUUAUUGAUUCAACGUAUAAUGGUACUGUUCAGAUGAGACAAAAAUCUGCAGAUCAGGUAAGUAAAAAUAGUCGUCAGCAAAAAGCGGUUUCGGAACAUUUUGCAAAGGAGAAGAAAACAACUGCAAACAAGCAAUUUUCAUAUAAUAAAUUGGUGAACGAACAACGUAUGCAAAAUGAACAACAAGCGAUGCAAAAUACAAUAACAAAUCGUCCGAAGCCAGCUCGUCCACCUGCUCCUCACAUACAACAAACCGAAGGAAUUUUAAUUGAUUUAUCACCGGAGGAAAUUCGUUCAAUGAAUAUAAACUUGCAGAGUCAGAGUAAUGCUAUGUUGACCCAAACAGGUUGCUUAUUAGAUGAUCCCAUAGAUGUUCCAACAGAUGGUAUGGAAGAACAACUACAAAAUAUUCAACGAAUCCCUCCACCAUAUCCAAUGCCUCCACAGUAUCCAAAUAAUACUACGAACGUCAUUAAUGAUCCUUUUGAUACGACUCAUAUUACACCUGUUGAAAAUCUCUAUGCAAACUCAUCGGUCCCAUUUACGAUGGUUGAGCCAAUUUAUAACAAUAAUCCUAAUCAAUAUGCCAUAACAGGAGCAUUGACAACUGUAACAAAUACAAUGUCAUCAUCAUCACAUGAUCCAUUAAAUGAAUUAUUGAGUGCAAGUCUAGCAUCUCUUUCCAUAGCUUCAACAUGUAACCAAAAUGAGAACAUAAAUGGCCAACCAGUGACACCAAAACGAGUUGAAAAGCAAAUGCUCUCAGAACAAUUGCAAGGCGCCAAAGAAAAUACACAAGUUAGAGUUAAUUUAGAGCAAGUGAUGAAUAUGCAAGUGCCAAUGACAACAAGAAAUUACGACUUUACACCCUAUUCACAAAUGUCAGUACUGCAAACAAACCAAAAUGUCUCAAAUGGCAAUUACUCCAACAGCUAUGUCAGUCAAACAAUGAACGAUGAUAGAAGUGUAAUCUAUGACUCAAACAUUUACAAUUCCGUUGCGGGCGAUUCGGUUUAUAGUGAAAAUUUUUAUGAUGCAGUGCAAUCUCAAACUCCGUCAGCUAUUUAUGACACGACUGCUUCAAUCUAUGGAACAAAUAUUAACCAACAACAAGCAAUUUAUGAUGAAGUUGCUGCAUAUGAAGAAAUCGGAGCCUGGCGACCCCAAACUGCUGUUUUACGACCAGCUCCAGCUCCACCAACUUCAUCAUCACCAAUGUUAUCGCAACAGCAGAUAAACAGAAGACUUGAGAAAAUAAAUCAACAAUAUGGUCGCGUUGCUGAACUAAUGAAUAAGCUUAGCAUGGAUAAUAUGACUGAAGAUGAAGCAACGGAAGCAUUAGAGUCCACAAAUUGGAACCAAGAUCUCGCAACGAGGCAUUUUAAAAUUGAACGACUGUCCAAACUAGGCGUAGCAUCACGUGAAAAAUGUGAAGAGACGUUAAUAAAAACUGGAUGGAGCUUGCAAGUGGCUGCGAGUGUUUUGCUUGAAUCUUAAAAUUAAUUAUUCAACGUGGCAUCAGCGACAGAAGCAGCAGUAUCACUAUAAACAAUGAACAUUCUCAACAUUCUCUUAUUCUUCUCAACGUGGUUGUUGUCGUGAAACCGCAUAUAAAAUUACAACUUGACAAAUUUAUUUUAUUUUAUAAGCAUGAAGGAAUCAUCACGUAACUUUAAUUGAAAAAGUGAAUCUGAAAGCAAAAGAAUAUAUAUUUUUUAAUUUAAAUGUUCUAAUCAUGAAUUAAUAUUUUAUGCCAAAAAGUAAAAACAAAAAUAACUGGUUUUGAGUGAGUCAAGGUAGGUUUAAAAAUACUUGGAGUAAAAAGUGUAUCAAACGACUCAAUUAUUGUCUAUCAAGUAGAACAUAGAAUCACGUUCAAUCUUGCUUACUAAUUAAAAAAUUACAAUUUAUUGCCAAUGACUAAAUCUAUUAAACAAUCGAUUAUUUAAUAAGUUAAUCGAAUUAAAAAAAGACUCGAUACUAAGCUCAAAGUGAAUUAUUUAAACAAAUUCCGUAAUACAUACAUCAUACUCUUUGUUUAUUGAAUCUUAUAUGCGCACCUGUUUAAUCCUCAACAAAAUAGAUUUUUAAAAUUUUAGAUUCAUUCAUCUACGACAUCAAGUGUGAGAUUUGUAAUGAAAAUAAUGUAAUGAACGCUUUCUGUAAUGAAAAUUCGAUCAACUUAAGAAUCUACCCAUUGUAAUCUAAUUAAAUUGAUUUUAUUAUAAUUUAUGCUAACAAUCACAUACCUAGAUAAUAUCCAAUGAGAAUUUUUACUAACAAUGACAAUGAAAAGAGAAGUGUCAUGUACACAAAAUGCACGAAAAAACUACUUCGCAAAGUAAAUUUGUAUUUUCAACAAAAUGAAGCCUAUAAAUCGGUCUAAAUGCAAAAAAAAAAAAUGAGGAUAACUUUUUUUCCAUAUAAAAUGACCAUUUCAUGGUGCUAAAUGCUAAUGUAGAUUAGACGAAUGAGGAUAACGACGGAGAAAAAGAGAUGGAAAAUUCAUAUAAACUUUUUCAUGUUCUCCACAUGCCGAAUAUUGGGCGAACUAUGGAAUUUUAUGAGAAAGUCUUGCCUUCUUUUAAAAAAGAGUAAAAAUGAAAUAAAAUGCAAACGAGAAACACACAGGAUGUGCGAUAACAAGAUGAAAAAAAAAAUAAAUAUUUUUUAUGUGAGAAUGAAAAGAAAAGUAGAUACGAAAAAUGUAUAAAUUGUAGUGUGUCUGUGUAGAUUAUUAGCGCAUUUUUUUGCAACAAAAAGAAGUAGAUUUUGUAACCUUAUAGUUGUGCUAGUUUUGACGAUAGCAAUGACUCUCAGUAGAAAAAAGUCAAAAGAUUCAUAUUUUUCAAAAUGUAAACUGCAACGAUGCACUUAAUUAAUGAUGAGUAGGAACGACGAAAGAAGAAAUUAAUAUGAAAAUGCGCUAUUGGAACUCACUAUAAAAUUGAGUCAAUUGUUUAUUUCAUAUUUUUUGCAUGAAAAAAGCAUUGAUUUUCCUCUCCUAUUUUUUAUACGUGUACUCAUUUAUGCUUCUACCCGUUGACAAGCAUCCCGAGCACUAGAAUACUAAAGAGAUUGUGAGACAUAAAAAUGAAUGAAUAAAAUGAAAGGAAGAGAUUGUCGAAGGAACGAGAGGAUUUUCUUCAUCUAAGCACUGCUGCUUUA